GCUUUCUUUUGAGUCAGCUGAUGGUUGACAUUUGAGUUAUUAGUCCUAUUUGUGUUUUCGAGGUGAAAGCGAGCAACAUCGAGGCCACGAGACCAACCUUACUUUUUUUAGGGUCCUCCUGAGUAACCAUGGCUCCAACCUUGUAUGAUGAGAAGCCAGAGCCAGGGGAUCUGAUUGAGAUAUUCAGAGGGAACUACCAGCACUGGGCAUUGUAUGUUGGUGAAGGCUUUGUCGUUCACCUGGCCCCCGCCACAGAGGUCCCUGAUGCUGGGCCCAACCACAUGAUGUCUGUGUUCUGCGACAAGGCAAAGGUGAAGAAGGAGGAGAUAUGGGAUGUUGUGGGUCAUGAUCAGUGGUCUGUCAACAACCUGCUGGAUAAGAAGUACCAGGUCAGUAGACCAGUGCGACCCAUCCACCAGAUACUGAAGGAUGCUCAGGCAUAUGUGGACAGAGAGCUGCCCUUCUCCGUGUUUAAUGGGAACUGUGAGCACUUUGCCACAGAGCUGAGGUAUGGGAAGGCGGAGUCUCGACAGGUUCGGCAGGCUGUGGAAACAGUGGGUAUGGCCGCAAUGGUGGGCUUUGGGGUCCUUGCUGUCGCGGGUGUUGCAGCGGCCAUCUUUGGAGGUGGAAGCAAAAAGAAGAAUAAAGAAGAAUAUUAGUGACUUCAUGUAAUAGAGAUUAACCCUUCACACUAUUACAGUUCUAAUGACCUUUCUUUAAGGUUGUUUCAUUUCCAUUAAUAUAUUCCAUAAUCUUUUACACUUUGGAUAUUAAUUGGAAGCACAAGGGACUCUGUAUGUGCCAUAGCCAUACAUGCUUCUAGAUUAAGUUAGACUGCAAAGCAACAUGUUAGUUAUUUAGAAACAAUUGAAUCAGUGAUAUGUAGACUUUUUGGAUGUUAUGAUUACAUCUAAGGAGAGUUAUUCACAGUAUGAUUUGAUUCUGUUAUGAAGUCAUGUGUCUCUUUGGCACAUAGACCAUUUCCUGUUUAGAGUCUGCACACAUUUUUUGGUGCUUGUGGUAUGUUAAAAAAGAGAAAUUAAUAUGAAUGAAUUUUGAAUCUUAUGUUAAAUCGAAAAUAUCAACAUUUUAAUAAGUAUGUUGAUCCAUUAAAGCUUCCGUUUGCACAUGGUUUUGUUUAAAUCAAUGCUAUUUAUCAUUGAAGACUGAACUGUAUUACUAAUUAACAAAUUCUAAUUUAUUGGUAUGCACAGUUUUAAAUAAACAUUGUUUGGUCUCUGAA